AUGAUGAAGGGGAGGUGGUGGAAUGUCCACAGGAACAUCAAUAGACGAGGAGCGGAUGCGACUUUGCAGAUCAGCCGCGUAGAAAUCUUGCAGGAGGUGGAUCAAAUUCGCCCAACCAAAGCCAGGACCAGAAGCAGGAAUGAUGACCUUGAAAAUCCGGUUUCUAUUAGUAAGCUCCGAGAUUUGGAUAAACCAACUGCGAAGAUUCAAAAUUCUUCCGACAUGAAUAGAACGUCCGCCACUCUUCAAGACUCACUGAGUCGGGAAACACCAGUCUCUUCUAGAAGCCGUUUGGAGAGCCCAUUGAAGCCAGGAGAUCUGCUUUUCAUCAGGAAUAUGAACCAAAUUUUGCCUCUGCCUUCCACCUGCAUCCUGAAAAUGCUAUCACUGGAAAAAUACAGUCUACUGAUUGAGACUCGCUUUUGUAUUCUUGCUUUAUCGAUUCCGGCGAUUUCCUGA